UUCGUUUUAGAAUAAUUGUUUUUUUUUUGUAAUUCGCUAAAUUUUUAAUUUGAUUAUUAUAAAAAUCGCAAUUGGAAAAUUUUUUUAUAUUUUAUUGAAAGAAAAAAAAAAUUAUGACACAUCGAGAUGAUGAGGAAACAGAUGAAGAGACUAAUGAAUCGAAUGAUGAUGAUGAUGAUGAUGAUGAUGAAGAGAUCACAGUAUCCGGAACUAGUGUUUCGUUGAAGAAAUUGAAAAUUCUCGGCAUUCCAGUGGAGAAAAUUUCUUAUAAAAGAAUUCCUUGGAAAUGUUUAAAAUUUUCAUUUAUUGCAAUCAACAGUCUUAUUUUUUUAACAGGAAUUGUAACUUUAGUACUUUCCGUUUGGAUGAUGAUGGAUAUAAAAUUAUUUAUGGGUCAAAAAAUGUAUAUGUCAAUUCUUCUAAUGGUUGCAAUUUUUGGCACAGUGGUUUCAUUUUUAGGAUUAUUUGCUUUUGUGAAAAAAAGAAAAGGUAUUUUAAUAAUUAAAUCUUCCAAUUUCCAGUAUAUUGUGCUCUAUGUUAUAGCCUUGUGCAUGAUAUUUAUUUCUGCGAUUAUGAGUUUUACAUUUUUCGAUAAUUUGGUGAAAAAAAUUCGCGACGAAAUGAGAAAUUCCAUUGAAAAAUAUUCUUAUCUUGAUUGGGCAACGGAAACAUGGGACAAUACACAACGAUAUUUACAAUGUUGUGGAAUAAAAUCCUAUAAAGAUUGGCUAGAACAGGAAAAACAAAUUCCGCGAAGUUGUUGCGCUGUAAAAAUGGAAGAGUGUAUAAAAAUGACAGAAGAGGUAGUUUAUCAAUCUGGAUGUUUGAAAAGCGCAGUUCUCUUAUUAAAAUCGCACAUAAACAAAGUUUCCCUAAUGACUUUGUUUAUUUCCCUAACGAUCAUUGGAAGUAUCUUCAUUGCAUUUUGUCUGCGCAGAAAAUUAAAAACCUGAUUUAUGUGAGACUGUAUAAAAAAAAUCAGCAAACUGCGUAAAUUUUUUUUUUUUUAUUAUUAUUUUAUAAUUUAAAAACUUACUUCAAAU